AUGUUUUUACGUGGACAAUCUGGCCGCGCGGUGAGCUUGAACCGUUUCGACCCGAAGUACGCGUCGUUCGGGCCCCGCGCGCCCCGCCCGCGCCCCGCCGCGCCGGCGCCUCCCCUCGCCACCUUCUCUCCCGCGCCCGCCCCCAACCCUGCCACUACUGCUACCCCUAAUGCUAACGGCUCCUUCACUCCCGCGGCCGAUAAGUACGCGACAGUCCGCCCUUCGCGCCGUACCGAGCCGCAGCCGCUGUCGGCUGCCGCGCUCGAGUACCGCAGCCUUCAGCGACCUCGCCGCCAGCAGCAGCCCAACACGGGCACUCAGCAUCGCCGCCGACCCGACCGACAACACCAUGACCAACGCGACCUGUACGCAGUCACGGAAUUGUAA